AUGCGUUUGUGCUUCUCUAUUUUGCUGCCGCUGCUUCUUCAGCUUAUUUGGACACAUAAGAGCAUCGUUCGAAUUGGUCAUUUACUGCCCGCUAAUCCGCUUGUCGCCUACGAAGCCGAUGUACUCAGAUUUUGCACUCGUGAUCUUCAGAGUCGCAAUAUUACCCCAACCAACUUAAUGCUCGAAGUGAUAACGAUGCAGUCAUGCAACAGAUUCAGCGGUGUUGAAAACGCUGCCUAUUUACACUAUAUGCACAAUGCUACAGUAUACUUUGGGCCGGGUUGUAAUGAAGAAAUGCUGGUAAUCGGUCGGCUGGCGCCACGCUGGAAUGUGCCAAUCAUUGCGCACCUCUCCGGAGACGAUGCACUUUCUGACAGAACCGCUUUUUCGACGCUUGGUUCGGUGGCACUCACUUCGGCUAUCGAAAUGGCUCAAGCUACUUUUACUUAUCUCAGGCUUUACAACUGGCAGAAGGUCUAUAUAUAUUAG